AUGCCGGGUGUAACAUCUACAACCAUCCAAAGCACGUCAGCAUCAGUAACCACUCCAGGGUCAAGUGACAGCUCCCCAUCCACGGUCGUCACGUCGCAGUCUACAACCUCCCAAAGCACUUCAGCUUCUGCACCCCCAACACUCACCUCCAUCAGCUCAACAGUCACAGCACCCACGGAACAUUCUGCAGCUGGACCCAGCACCGCAAGCUCCACCUUCGGCUCAGAAUCACCUGCCACCCACCAGUCCACCACUCUCACUGGGGAAUCCACCACCUACCCCAGCAGCCCGUCCUCAGCACCAACAUCACAGCCCUCUGGGAGCUCAAUGAGCACCGUCCUCACCGCGGCUUCCUCAGCCGCCCAGAGCAGCUCUGCUACAGUGCACACGACAGGGUCCUUUAGCACUUCCCAAACCAUGGUGCCUGGUGAAACAUCUACAACCAUCCAAAGCACUCCAGGAUCAGUCAGCAUGCCAUUGUCGAGUGCCAGCUCCCCACCAUCGGUUGUCACUUCAGAGUCUACAACUGUCCCAACAACGUCAGCUUCAGCAGGCCCAACACAAACAACAACCAGAACAACAGCCACACCACCCAUGGAUCAUUCGACAACCUUCCCCAGCAGCCAAAGUUCAGCCUUCAGCACAGAGCCACCUGCAAGCCCCCAGUCCACCACUCUCACUGUAGAAUCCACCACUUUCCCCAGCAGCCCAUCGUCAGCACCAACAUCACAGCCCUCGGAGAGCUCGCCAACCACGGUCCCCACCGAGGCUUCCUCCUCCUCCCAGAGCAGCUCUGCUACAGCUCACACGACAGGGUCCUUCACCACUUCCCAAACCAUGGUGCCUGGUGAAACAUCCACAACCUUCCAAAGCACAGUAGGAUCAGUAACCACUCCAGGGUCAAGUGACAGCACCCCAUCCACGGUCGUCACAUCGGAGUUCACAACCUCCCAAAGCACUUCAGCUUCAGCACCUCCAACACUCACCUCCAUCAGCUCAACAGUCACAGGACUCACUGAUUCCUCUACAGCCGGACCCAGCAGCCCACUCUCCACCACCGGCUCACAGCCAUCUGCCACCACCCCGCCCACCACUCUCACUGUGGAAUCCACCACCUCUCCCAGCAAGCCAUCGUCAACACCGACACCACAGCCCUCGGAGAGCUCACCAAGCACGGUCCUCACCGAGGCUUCCUCACCCUUCCAGAGCAGCCCUGCUACAGCACCCACGACUGGGUCCACUGACACCUCCCAAACAACCAUGCCGGGUGUAACAUCUACAACCAUCCAAAGCACGUCAGCAUCAGUAACCACUCCAGGGUCAAGUGACAGCUCCCCAUCCACGGUCGUCACGUCGGAGUUCACAACCUCCCAAAGCACUUCAGCUUCUUUACCUCCAAUACUCACCUCCAUCAGCUCAACAGUCACAGCACCCACAGAACAUUCUACAGCUGGACCCAGCACCGCAAGCUCCACCUUCGGCUCGGAAUCACCAGCCACCCAGCAGUCCACCACUCUCACUGGGGAAUCCACCACCUACCCCAGCAACCCGUCCUCAGCACCAACAUCACAGCCCUCUGGGAGCUCAAUGAGCACCGUCCUCACCGCGGCUUCCUCAGCCGCCCAGAGCAGCUCUGCUACAGUGCACACGACAGGGUCCUUCAGCACUUCCCAAACCAUGGUGCCUGGUGAAACAUCCACUACCAUCCAAAGCACUCCAGGAUCAGUCAGCAUGCCAUUGUCGAGUGCCAGCUCCCCACCAUCGGUUGUCACUUCAGAGUCUACAACUGUCCCAACAACGUCAGCUUCAGCAGGCCCAACACAAACAACAACCAGAACAACAGCCACACCACCCAUGGAUCAUUCGACAACCUUCCCCAGCAGCCAAAGUUCAGCCUUCAGCACAGAGCCACCUGCAAGCCCCCAAUCCACCACUCUCACUGUAGAAUCCACCACUUUCCCCAGCAGCCCAUCGUCAGCACCAACAUCACAGCCCUCGGAGAGCUCGCCAACCACGGUCCCCACCGAGGCUUCCUCCUCCUCCCAGAGCAGCUCUGCUACAGCUCACACGACAGGGUCCUUCACCACUUCCCAAACCAUGGUGCCUGGUGAAACAUCCACAACCAUCCAAAGCACAGUCGGAUCAGUAAUGACACCACUGUCAAGUGACAGCUCCCCAUCCACGGUCGUCAUGUCGGAGUUCACAACCUCCCAAAGCACUUCAGCUUCAGCACCUCCAACACUCACCUCCAUCAGCUCAACAGUCACAGGACUCACUGAUUCCUCUACAGCCGGACCCAGCAGCCCACUCUCCACCACCGGCUCACAGCCAUCUGCCACCACCCCGCCCACCACUCUCACUGUGGAAUCCACCACCUCUCCCAGCAAGCCAUCGUCAACACCGACACCACAGCCCUCGGAGAGCUCACCGAGCACGGUCCAAACCGAGGCUUCCUCACCCUUCCAGAGCAGCCCUGCUACAGCACCCACGACUGGGUCCACUGACACCUCCCAAACAACCAUGCCGGGUGUAACAUCUACAACCAUCCAAAGCACGUCAGCAUCAGUAACCACUCCAGGGUCAAGUGACAGCUCCCCAUCCACGGUUGUCACGUCGCAGUCUACAACCUCCCAAAGCACUUCAGCUUCCGCACCCCCAACACUCACAUCCAUCAGCUCAACAGUCACAGCACCCACGGAACAUUCCACAGCUGGACCCAGCACCGCAAGCUCCACCUUCGGCUCGGAAUCACCUGCCACCCACCAGUCCACCACUCUCACUGGGGAAUCCACCACCUACCCCAGCAGCCCGUCCUCAGCACCAACAUCACAGCCCUCUGGGAGCUCAAUGAGCACCGUCCUCACCGCGGCUUCCUCAGCUGCCCAGAGCAGCUCUGCUACAGUGCACACGACAGGGUCCUUCACCACUUCCCAAACCAUGGUGCCUGGUGAAACAUCUACAACCAUCCAAAGCACAGUAGGAUCAGUAACGACACCACUGUCAAGUGACAGCUCCCCAUCCACGGUCAUCAUGUCGGAGUUCACAACCUCCCAAAGCACUUCAGCUUCAGCACCUCCAACCCUCACCUCCAUCAGCUCAACAGUCACAGGACUCACUGAUUCCUCUACAGCCGGACCCAGCAGCCCACUCUCCAUCUUUGGCUCGGAAUCACCUGCCACCCACCAGUCCACCACUCGUACUGUGGAAUCCACCACCUACCGCAGCAGCCCGUCCUCAGCACCAACAUCACAGCCCUCUGGGAGCUCAAUGAGCACGAUCUUUACCGAGGCUUCCUCACUCUACCAUAGCAGCUCUGCUACUCCCCACACGACAGGGUUGCCUUACUCCUCCGAAGGAACCAUUCCUGGUGAAUCUCCUACUACAUCUCAAAGCAGCCCAGUGUCAGCAUUCACGGCAGUAUCCAGUGAGAGCUCACAUACUACAGCUUUUAGAGCUUCCACAACUUUGGAAAAUUACCCAGGAUCUACAGCCACAACAGGACACAGUUAUAGCUCUCAGAGCACAGCUUUCGUAGGAGAGACUACAACCUUCCAAGGCCGUCCAGGUUCAGCACUCACGACAUCGCAAAGUGCGAACUCCACAUCUACACUCAGUGUAACAGAAUCUACUAACUUCCAAACCAACCUGAGAUCCACAGCCCCGACGUAUUCCAGUGAUAGCUCGCCAAGCACAGUUGUCUUAGGAGCGUCCACAACCUUCCUAAGCAGUCCAGGAUCCCGAACCACAACAUUGUCCAGUGACAGUUACCAGACCACCAUCACCAAAGGCACGUCCAUGACCUUCCAGAGCACUCCAGGUUCUUCAGCCAUUCCAUGGCCUAGUGACACCUCCCAUACCACAGCAAACAAGGGAGAAUCUUCAACAUUCCAAAGCACUGUAACAUGUGCCUUCCCAACCCCAACACUGAGCAGAUCCCCAAGCACAGAACGCACUGAAGAACUUCCAACCAUCCACAGCAGCACAGGAUCAGUUCUGUCAACUCUGACAUCCAGCAGCCCUGAGAACACCGGCCUCACCAUGGGAUCUACCACUUUCCCAAGCAGCCCUGGCACAGAGUACAGUACGUUGCUGACAGAGACCUCGCAAACCACAGUGUCCACGGAGAGAUCCACGACCCUCCAGAGCAGCCCAGUGUCAGCAUGGUCAACAGUGUCACCUGACACCACUUUAAACACAGUACUCACCCCGGUAUCCUCACCAUUCCUAAGUAGCACAGGUUCAGCACACACAACAGUGUUGCCUGAUAGCUCCUAUACCACUGUGCCUGGUGAAACAUCUAAACCCACCCAAAGCAGUUCAGGAUCAGUACCCACGACAUGGCCAACUGACAGCUUCCAAACCACGGUGCCUGGUGAAAUAUCUACAGCCUUACCAAGUAGUCCUGGAUCAGCAACCACCCCACUGUUGAGUGACAGCUCCCAAACCAUGGGUAUCACGACAGAGUCUACAACCUUCCAUAGCACUUCAGCUUCAACACUCACAGCAAUCAGCUCAACAGUCGCAACACCCACAGUGCAUUCUACGGCCAUCCCCAGCAGCCCAGACUCCACUCUCAGUGCAGUGUCAUCUGCUAACUCACAAUCUUCAACACCAACAGCACUGUCUUCUGAGAGUUCACCAAGCACAGCCCUCACCGAGGCUUCCUCACCUUUCCAGAGCAGCUCUGCUACAGCGCACACAACAGGGUUUCCUGACACCUCCCAAACCAUGGUGCCCGGUGAAUCACCCACACCCACAAUCAACCCAGAUAGCUCUGGAUCACCAACAACACUGCCAAGUUUCAGCUCCCAAUCCACGGUAUUCACAGGAGAACCUACAAUCUUCCUUAGUAGUUUAACUGUACCUGUUUCUACACCAUCAUCCAUGAGCUCCCAAAACACAGCCCUCACUGAAGGACCUACAACCCCUCCCACCAGCCCAGGAACAGCAUCUAAAACAGCAACAACAGACAGCACCCAAACCACCAUCCUCACUGAGGGGCCCACAGGUUCCUCCCACAGUCCUGCUUCAACACACAUAACUGCAUCCUCUUACACCUCACACACCACAGUCCUUGAUAGAUCUACCACCUUCCAUAGCAGUCUUGCCUCGGCAUACACCUCAUCGCCCAUUGCUAGCUCCCACACCACAGUUUCUAGUGAAACAUCUACCAUGGUUCCAGGUAGCCCAGCAUCAGUGCAAACAACAGGGACAACUGAGAACACCCAAAGCACAAGCUUUAGUCAGGUGUACACAACCUGCCCAAGCAGCCCAGAAUCAGUACCAACAACACUGACAUCAGUGGCAUCUGACAGCACCGUCCUCACAAUGGGGUCUACAGCCUUACUGAGUAGCCGCAGCACAGUGCACAGCACAGUCCAGAGUGGCAGCUCCUAUCCCACAGUGUUCACUGAAGGAUCCACAGCCUUCCAGAGCAGCCCAGCAGAAUCCCCGUCAACGCUGUCACCAGAAACCUCUCAAACCACAGUCCUCAUUGGGGCUUCCUCACCAUUAUUAAGUAGCACAGCUUCAACACACACAACAGGGUUGACAGACAGGUCCCAAACCACGGUGCCUGACCAAACAUCUACAGCCUUCUCAAGCAGCACUAGCUCAGCAACCAUGCCAUUGUCAACUGACAGCUCCAAAACUACUGUCGACACAGAGCAGUCUACAACCUUCCAAAGCACUUCAGCUUCCGCACCCCCAACACUCACCUCCAUCAGCUCAACAGUCACAGCACCCACGGAACAUUCUACAGCUGGACCCAGCACCGCAAGCUCCACCUUUGGCUCGGAAUCACCUGCCACCCACCAGUCCACCACUCUCACUGGGGGAUCCACCACCUACCCCAGCAGCCCGUCCUCAGCACCAACAUCACAGCCCUCUGGGAGCUCAAUGAGCACCGUCCUCACCGCGGCUUCCUCAGCCGCCCAGAGCAGCUCUGCUACAGUGCACACGACCGGGUCCUUUAGCACUUCCCAAACCAUGGUGCCUGGUGAAACAUCUACAACCAUCCAAAGCACUCCAGGAUCAGUCAGCAUGCCAUUGUCGAGUGCCAGCUCCCCACCAUCGGUUGUCACUUCAGAGUCUACAACUGUCCCAACAACGUCAGCUUCAGCAGGCCCAACACAAACAACAACCAGAACAACAGCCACACCACCCAUGGAUCAUUCGACAACCUUCCCCAGCAGCCAAAGUUCAGCCUUCAGCACAGAGCCACCUGCAAGCCCCCAGUCCACCACUCUCACUGUAGAAUCCACCACUUUCCCCAGCAGCCCAUCGUCAGCACCAACAUCACAGCCCUCAGAGAGCUCGCCAACCACGGUCCUCACCGAGGCUUCCUCCUCCUCCCAGAGCAGCUCUGCUACAGCUCACCCGACAGGGUCCUUCACCACUUCCCAAACCAUGGUGCCUGGUGAAACAUCCACAACCUUCCAAAGCACAGUAGGAUCAGUAACGACACCACUGUCAAGUGACAGCUCCCCAUCCACGGUCGUCACGUCGGAGUUCACAACCUCCCAAAGCACUUCAGCUUCAGCACCUCCAACACUCACCUCCAUCAGCUCAACAGUCACAGGACUCACUGAUUCCUCUACAGCCGGACCCAGCAGCCCACUCUCCACCACCGGCUCACAGCCAUCUGCCACCACCCCGCCCACCACUCUCACUGUGGAAUCCACCACCUCUCCCAGCAAGCCAUCGUCAACACCGACACCACAGCCCUCGGAGAGCUCACCGAGCACGGUCCAAACCGAGGCUUCCUCACCCUUCCAGAGCAGCCCUGCUACAGCACCCACGACUGGGUCCACUGACACCUCCCAACCAACCAUGCCGGGUGUAACAUCUACAACCAUCCAAAGCACGUCAGCAUCAGUAACCACUCCAGGGUCAAGUGACAGCUCCCCAUCCACGGUCGUCACGUCGCAGUCUACAACCUCCCAAAGCACUUCAGCUUCCGCACCCCCAACACUCACCUCCAUCAGCUCAACAGUCACAGCACCCACGGAACAUUCUACAGCUGGACCCAGCACCGCAAGCUCCACCUUCGGCUCAGAAUCACCUGCCACCCACCAGUCCACCACUCUCACUGGGGAAUCCACCACCUACCCCAGCAGCCCGUCCUCAGCACCAACAUCACAGCCCUCUGGGAGCUCAAUGAGCACCGUCCUCACCGCGGCUUCCUCAGCCGCCCAGAGCAGCUCUGCUACAGUGCACACGACCGGGUCCUUCAGCACUUCCCAAACCAUGGUGCCUGGUGAAACAUCCACUACCAUCCAAAGCACUCCAGGAUCAGUCAGCAUGCCAUUGUCGAGUGCCAGCUCCCCACCAUCGGUUGUCACUUCAGAGUCUACAACUGUCCCAACAACGUCAGCUUCAGCAGGCCCAACACAAACAACAACCAGAACAACAGCCACACCACCCAUGGAUCAUUCGACAACCUUCCCCAGCAGCCAAAGUUCAGCCUUCAGCACAGAGCCACCUGCAAGCCCCCAGUCCACCACUCUCACUGUGGAAUCCACCACUUUCCCCAGCAGCCCAUCGUCAGCACCAACAUCACAGCCCUCGGAGAGCUCGCCAACCACGGUCCCCACCGAGGCUUCCUCCUCCUCCCAGAGCAGCUCUGCUACAGCUCACACGACAGGGUCCUUCACCACUUCCCAAACCAUGGUGCCUGGUGAAACAUCCACAACCUUCCAAAGCACAGUAGGAUCAGUAACGACACCACUGUCAAGUGACAGCUCCCCAUCCGCGGUCGUCACGUCGGAGUUCACAACCUCCCAAAGCACUUCAGCUUCAGCACCUCCAACACUCACCUCCAUCAGCUCAACAGUCACAGGACUCACUGAUUCCUCUACAGCCGGACCCAGCAGCCCACUCUCCACCACCGGCUCACAGCCAUCUGCCACCACCCCGCCCACCACUCUCACUGUGGAAUCCACCACCUCUCCCAGCAAGCCAUCGUCAACACCGACACCACAGCCCUCGGAGAGCUCACCGAGCACGGUCCUCACCGAGGCUUCCUCACCCUUCCAGAGCAGCCCUGCUACAGCACCCACGACUGGGUCCACUGACACCUCCCAAACAACCAUGCCGGGUGUAACAUCUACAACCAUCCAAAGCACGUCAGCAUCAGUAACCACUCCAGGGUCAAGUGACAGCUCCCCAUCCACGGUCGUCACGUCGCAGUCUACAACCUCCCAAAGCACUUCAGCUUCCGCACCCCCAACACUCACCUCCAUCAGCUCAACAGUCACAGCACCCACGGAACAUUCUACAGCUGGACCCAGCACCGCAAGCUCCACCUUCGGCUCAGAAUCACCUGCCACCCACCAGUCCACCACUCUCACUGGGGAAUCCACCACCUACCCCAGCAGCCCGUCCUCAGCACCAACAUCACAGCCCUCUGGGAGCUCAAUGAGCACCGUCCUCACCGCGGCUUCCUCAGCCGCCCAGAGCAGCUCUGCUACAGUGCACACGACCGGGUCCUUCAGCACUUCCCAAACCAUGGUGCCUGGUGAAACAUCCACUACCAUCCAAAGCACUCCAGGAUCAGUCAGCAUGCCAUUGUCGAGUGCCAGCUCCCCACCAUCGGUUGUCACUUCAGAGUCUACAACUGUCCCAACAACGUCAGCUUCAGCAGGCCCAACACUAACAACAACCAGAACAACAGCCACACCACCCAUGGAUCAUUCGACAACCUUCCCCAGCAGCCAAAGUUCAGCCUUCAGCACAGAGCCACCUGCAAGCCCCCAGUCCACCACUCUCACUGUGGAAUCCACCACUUUCCCCAGCAGCCCAUCGUCAGCACCAACAUCACAGCCCUCGGAGAGCUCGCCAACCACGGUCCCCACCGAGGCUUCCUCCUCCUCCCAGAGCAGCUCUGCUACAGCUCACACGACAGGGUCCUUCACCACUUCCCAAACCAUGGUGCCUGGUGAAACAUCCACAACCUUCCAAAGCACAGUAGGAUCAGUAACGACACCACUGUCAAGUGACAGCUCCCCAUCCGCGGUCGUCACGUCGGAGUUCACAACCUCCCAAAGCACUUCAGCUUCAGCACCUCCAACACUCACCUCCAUCAGCUCAACAGUCACAGGACUCACUGAUUCCUCUACAGCCGGACCCAGCAGCCCACUCUCCACCACCGGCUCACAGCCAUCUGCCACCACCCCGCCCACCACUCUCACUGUGGAAUCCACCACCUCUCCCAGCAAGCCAUCGUCAACACCGACACCACAGCCCUCGGAGAGCUCACCGAGCACGGUCCUCACCGAGGCUUCCUCACCCUUCCAGAGCAGCUCUGCUACAGCACCCACGACUGGGUCCACUGACACCUCCCAACCAACCAUGCCGGGUGUAACAUCUACAACCAUCCAAAGCACGUCAGCAUCAGUAACCACUCCAGGGUCAAGUGACAGCUCCCCAUCCACGGUCGUCACGUCGCAGUCUACAACCUCCCAAAGCACUUCAGCUUCCGCACCCCCAACACUCACCUCCAUCAGCUCAACAGUCACAGCACCCACGGAACAUUCUACAGCUGGACCCAGCACCGCAAGCUCCACCUUCGGCUCAGAAUCACCUGCCACCCACCAGUCCACCACUCUCACUGGGGAAUCCACCACCUACCCCAGCAGCCCGUCCUCAGCACCAACAUCACAGCCCUCUGGGAGCUCAAUGAGCACCGUCCUCACCGCGGCUUCCUCAGCCGCCCAGAGCAGCUCUGCUACAGUGCACACGACCGGGUCCUUCAGCACUUCCCAAACCAUGGUGCCUGGUGAAACAUCCACUACCAUCCAAAGCACUCCAGGAUCAGUCAGCAUGCCAUUGUCGAGUGCCAGCUCCCCACCAUCGGUUGUCACUUCAGAGUCUACAACUGUCCCAACAACGUCAGCUUCAGCAGGCCCAACACAAACAACAACCAGAACAACAGCCACACCACCCAUGGAUCAUUCGACAACCUUCCCCAGCAGCCAAAGUUCAGCCUUCAGCACAGAGCCACCUGCAAGCCCCCAGUCCACCACUCUCACUGUAGAAUCCACCACUUUCCCCAGCAGCCCAUCGUCAGCACCAACAUCACAGCCCUCAGAGAGCUCGCCAACCACGGUCCUCACCGAGGCUUCCUCCUCCUCCCAGAGCAGCUCUGCUACAGCUCACACGACAGGGUCCUUCACCACUUCCCAAACCAUGGUGCCUGGUGAAACAUCCACAACCUUCCAAAGCACAGUAGGAUCAGUAACGACACCACUGUCAAGUGACAGCUCCCCAUCCACGGUCGUCACGUCGGAGUUCACAACCUCCCAAAGCACUUCAGCUUCAGCACCUCCAACACUCACCUCCAUCAGCUCAACAGUCACAGGACUCACUGAUUCCUCUACAGCCGGACCCAGCAGCCCACUCUCCACCACCGGCUCACAGCCAUCUGCCACCACCCCGCCCACCACUCUCACUGUGGAAUCCACCACCUCUCCCAGCAAGCCAUCGUCAACACCGACACCACAGCCCUCGGAGAGCUCACCGAGCACGGUCCUCACCGAGGCUUCCUCACCCUUCCAGAGCAGCCCUGCUACAGCACCCACGACUGGGUCCACUGACACCUCCCAAACAACCAUGCCGGGUGUAACAUCUACAACCAUCCAAAGCACGUCAGCAUCAGUAACCACUCCAGGGUCAAGUGACAGCUCCCCAUCCACGGUCGUCACGUCGCAGUCUACAACCUCCCAAAGCACUUCAGCUUCCGCACCCCCAACACUCACCUCCAUCAGCUCAACAGUCACAGCACCCACGGAACAUUCUACAGCUGGACCCAGCACCGCAAGCUCCACCUUCGGCUCGGAAUCACCUGCCACCCACCAGUCCACCACUCUCACUGGGGAAUCCACCACCUACCCCAGCAGCCCGUCCUCAGCACCAACAUCACAGCCCUCUGGGAGCUCAAUGAGCACCGUCCUCACCGCGGCUUCCUCAGCCGCCCAGAGCAGCUCUGCUACAGUGCACACGACCGGGUCCUUCAGCACUUCCCAAACCAUGGUGCCUGGUGAAACAUCCACUACCAUCCAAAGCACUCCAGGAUCAGUCAGCAUGCCAUUGUCGAGUGCCAGCUCCCCACCAUCGGUUGUCACUUCAGAGUCUACAACUGUCCCAACAACGUCAGCUUCAGCAGGCCCAACACUAACAACAACCAGAACAACAGCCACACCACCCAUGGAUCAUUCGACAACCUUCCCCAGCAGCCAAAGUUCAGCCUUCAGCACAGAGCCACCUGCAAGCCCCCAGUCCACCACUCUCACUGUGGAAUCCACCACUUUCCCCAGCAGCCCAUCGUCAGCACCAACAUCACAGCCCUCGGAGAGCUCGCCAACCACGGUCCCCACCGAGGCUUCCUCCUCCUCCCAGAGCAGCUCUGCUACAGCUCACACGACAGGGUCCUUCACCACUUCCCAAACCAUGGUGCCUGGUGAAACAUCCACAACCUUCCAAAGCACAGUAGGAUCAGUAACGACACCACUGUCAAGUGACAGCUCCCCAUCCGCGGUCGUCACGUCGGAGUUCACAACCUCCCAAAGCACUUCAGCUUCAGCACCUCCAACACUCACCUCCAUCAGCUCAACAGUCACAGGACUCACUGAUUCCUCUACAGCCGGACCCAGCAGCCCACUCUCCACCACCGGCUCACAGCCAUCUGCCACCACCCCGCCCACCACUCUCACUGUGGAAUCCACCACCUCUCCCAGCAAGCCAUCGUCAACACCGACACCACAGCCCUCGGAGAGCUCACCGAGCACGGUCCUCACCGAGGCUUCCUCACCCUUCCAGAGCAGCCCUGCUACAGCACCCACGACUGGGUCCACUGACACCUCCCAAACAACCAUGCCGGGUGUAACAUCUACAACCAUCCAAAGCACGUCAGCAUCAGUAACCACUCCAGGGUCAAGUGACAGCUCCCCAUCCACGGUCGUCACGUCGCAGUCUACAACCUCCCAAAGCACUUCAGCUUCCGCACCCCCAACACUCACCUCCAUCAGCUCAACAGUCACAGCACCCACGGAACAUUCUACAGCUGGACCCAGCACCGCAAGCUCCACCUUCGGCUCAGAAUCACCUGCCACCCACCAGUCCACCACUCUCACUGGGGAAUCCACCACCUACCCCAGCAGCCCGUCCUCAGCACCAACAUCACAGCCCUCUGGGAGCUCAAUGAGCACCGUCCUCACCGCGGCUUCCUCAGCCGCCCAGAGCAGCUCUGCUACAGUGCACACGACCGGGUCCUUCAGCACUUCCCAAACCAUGGUGCCUGGUGAAACAUCCACUACCAUCCAAAGCACUCCAGGAUCAGUCAGCAUGCCAUUGUCGAGUGCCAGCUCCCCACCAUCGGUUGUCACUUCAGAGUCUACAACUGUCCCAACAACGUCAGCUUCAGCAGGCCCAACACUAACAACAACCAGAACAACAGCCACACCACCCAUGGAUCAUUCGACAACCUUCCCCAGCAGCCAAAGUUCAGCCUUCAGCACAGAGCCACCUGCAAGCCCCCAGUCCACCACUCUCACUGUGGAAUCCACCACUUUCCCCAGCAGCCCAUCGUCAGCACCAACAUCACAGCCCUCGGAGAGCUCGCCAACCACGGUCCCCACCGAGGCUUCCUCCUCCUCCCAGAGCAGCUCUGCUACAGCUCACACGACAGGGUCCUUCACCACUUCCCAAACCAUGGUGCCUGGUGAAACAUCCACAACCUUCCAAAGCACAGUAGGAUCAGUAACGACACCACUGUCAAGUGACAGCUCCCCAUCCACGGUCGUCACGUCGGAGUUCACAACCUCCCAAAGCACUUCAGCUUCAGCACCUCCAACACUCACCUCCAUCAGCUCAACAGUCACAGGACUCACUGAUUCCUCUACAGCCGGACCCAGCAGCCCACUCUCCACCACCGGCUCACAGCCAUCUGCCACCACCCCGCCCACCACUCUCACUGUGGAAUCCACCACCUCUCCCAGCAAGCCAUCGUCAACACCGACACCACAGCCCUCGGAGAGCUCACCGAGCACGGUCCUCACCGAGGCUUCCUCACCCUUCCAGAGCAGCCCUGCUACAGCACCCACGACUGGGUCCACUGACACCUCCCAAACAACCAUGCCGGGUGUAACAUCUACAACCAUCCAAAGCACGUCAGCAUCAGUAACCACUCCAGGGUCAAGUGACAGCUCCCCAUCCACGGUCGUCACGUCGCAGUCUACAACCUCCCAAAGCACUUCAGCUUCCGCACCCCCAACACUCACCUCCAUCAGCUCAACAGUCACAGCACCCACGGAACAUUCUACAGCUGGACCCAGCACCGCAAGCUCCACCUUCGGCUCAGAAUCACCUGCCACCCACCAGUCCACCACUCUCACUGGGGAAUCCACCACCUACCCCAGCAGCCCGUCCUCAGCACCAAUAUCACAGCCCUCUGGGAGCUCAAUGAGCACCGUCCUCACCGCGGCUUCCUCAGCCGCCCAGAGCAGCUCUGCUACAGUGCACACGACCGGGUCCUUCAGCACUUCCCAAACCAUGGUGCCUGGUGAAACAUCCACUACCAUCCAAAGCACUCCAGGAUCAGUCAGCAUGCCAUUGUCGAGUGCCAGCUCCCCACCAUCGGUUGUCACUUCAGAGUCUACAACUGUCCCAACAACGUCAGCUUCAGCAGGCCCAACACAAACAACAACCAGAACAACAGCCACACCACCCAUGGAUCAUUCGACAACCUUCCCCAGCAGCCAAAGUUCAGCCUUCAGCACAGAGCCACCUGCAAGCCCCCAGUCCACCACUCUCACUGUAGAAUCCACCACUUUCCCCAGCAGCCCAUCGUCAGCACCAACAUCACAGCCCUCGGAGAGCUCGCCAACCACGGUCCCCACCGAGGCUUCCUCCUCCUCCCAGAGCAGCUCUGCUACAGCUCACACGACAGGGUCCUUCACCACUUCCCAAACCAUGGUGCCUGGUGAAACAUCCACAACCUUCCAAAGCACAGUAGGAUCAGUAACGACACCACUGUCAAGUGACAGCUCCCCAUCCGCGGUCGUCACGUCGGAGUUCACAACCUCCCAAAGCACUUCAGCUUCAGCACCUCCAACACUCACCUCCAUCAGCUCAACAGUCACAGGACUCACUGAUUCCUCUACAGCCGGACCCAGCAGCCCACUCUCCACCACCGGCUCACAGCCAUCUGCCACCACCCCGCCCACCACUCUCACUGUGGAAUCCACCACCUCUCCCAGCAAGCCAUCGUCAACACCGACACCACAGCCCUCGGAGAGCUCACCGAGCACGGUCCUCACCGAGGCUUCCUCACCCUUCCAGAGCAGCCCUGCUACAGCACCCACGACUGGGUCCACUGACACCUCCCAAACAACCAUGCCGGGUGUAACAUCUACAACCAUCCAAAGCACGUCAGCAUCAGUAACCACUCCAGGGUCAAGUGACAGCUCCCCAUCCACGGUCGUCACGUCGCAGUCUACAACCUCCCAAAGCACUUCAGCUUCCGCACCCCCAACACUCACCUCCAUCAGCUCAACAGUCACAGCACCCACGGAACAUUCUACAGCUGGACCCAGCACCGCAAGCUCCACCUUCGGCUCAGAAUCACCUGCCACCCACCAGUCCACCACUCUCACUGGGGAAUCCACCACCUACCCCAGCAGCCCGUCCUCAGCACCAACAUCACAGCCCUCUGGGAGCUCAAUGAGCACCGUCCUCACCGCGGCUUCCUCAGCCGCCCAGAGCAGCUCUGCUACAGUGCACACGACCGGGUCCUUCAGCACUUCCCAAACCAUGGUGCCUGGUGAAACAUCCACUACCAUCCAAAGCACUCCAGGAUCAGUCAGCAUGCCAUUGUCGAGUGCCAGCUCCCCACCAUCGGUUGUCACUUCAGAGUCUACAACUGUCCCAACAACGUCAGCUUCAGCAGGCCCAACACUAACAACAACCAGAACAACAGCCACACCACCCAUGGAUCAUUCGACAACCUUCCCCAGCAGCCAAAGUUCAGCCUUCAGCACAGAGCCACCUGCAAGCCCCCAGUCCACCACUCUCACUGUAGAAUCCACCACUUUCCCCAGCAGCCCAUCGUCAGCACCAACAUCACAGCCCUCGGAGAGCUCGCCAACCACGGUCCUCACCGAGGCUUCCUCCUCCUCCCAGAGCAGCUCUGCUACAGCUCACACGACAGGGUCCUUCACCACUUCCCAAACCAUGGUGCCUGGUGAAACAUCCACAACCAUCGAGAACACUUCAGCUUCAGCACUGCCUACACUCACGUCAAUCAACACCCACUCCACAGCCUCCCCAACGAGUCCGGAAUCAGCACUCACCACAAUGUCGUCCGUCAGUUCUGAGAGCACUGUCCUAACUGUGGGAUCUACCAGCUCCUUGGGCAGUCCCAGUGUUGUACACAGCACACUCCUUCCUUACAGCUCCCAUCCUACAGUGUCCACUGAUGCAUCCUCCACCCUCCUCAGCAGCCCGGCGUCGUCCUGGUCAACCUUUUCACCAGCAGCCUCUCCAUCCACAGUCUUCCCUGAGGCUUCAUCUCCCUUCCCAAGUAGCACAGCUUCAGUACACACGACAAUGUUGCCUGCAAGCUCCCCCACCACGCAGCCAGCUGAGUCAUUCACAAGUCCCCACAGUAGCCCUGUGUCCAUACCCACGCCAUUGCCCAGUGACACCUUCCACACUGCUGCCCUCACAGAGGUGUCCACAGCUUUUCCCAGCAGUAGUGGUCCAACUCACGGCACGGUGUCUUCCCACAGCUCUCCUACUACUGUCUCUGUUCUCACACCCACCUCCUUCACCCCGAGCCCUGGUUCCAUACCUGGCACCAUGGUGUCUCCCACCUCCCAGUCCACUCUCAUCCCUAAAGGAUCCACCACCCUUGGCCACAGCCCCUCGUCAGCACCCGUGACAGCCCCAACGGACACCUUCCAAACCUUGGUGUUCAGCACAGCGCCUGCGUCUGCACUCAGCACUGUGCUGUCCAGCAACCCCGCCUCUGCAGCCUCCUCCCCUGCGUCUUGGUCCACUAGAACUUCCGCUAGCUUUCCCCCUCCUUCCUCCACCUCCCCUGUCUCCACCCAUUUUCCAUCCCUCUCUCCCAACACCUCUUCCACUCUUGGUCCCUCAUCCCCCAGCACCUACACUUCUGUGACAAUGACCGUCUCCAGGUGGAGCACCCCAGCACAAUGCCAGAGCUGGGAAAUGUGGGACGGCCAGGAAUGCAUCUGUGCCCCGGGCUUCUUCGGUGAAGAGUGCCAGUCCCUCACCUACUCCUUCCCCUUAGAUGUCCCCAACGUCAUCAACGCUACUGUGACUGUGAUCGUGAAAGUAAUUCACAGAAACUUCACUCCAGACCUGAAUAACGUCUCCUCCCAGACGUACAAGGAUUUCACCCAAGAGUUCAAGCAGAGGAUGGAUCAAGUUUACGGGGGCGAUGACCUUACUGCCUAUCGGGAAGUGAUCAUCCGGAACCUGCUCAAUGGCAGCAUCGUGGUGGACAACGAUGUGGUCCUGGAGGUGAACUACACCCCCGAGUAUCAGCAGGUGUUCAGCAACCUCUCCAGGAUCGUGAGGACCAAGAUCAUGAACGAAACCAGAGUGGUUCCGAAUGACAUCCCCAAGUGCCAAGACUCCAUCCUGUGCUACAACGGGGAAGCCACCAGAGUGAACGACACGGUGAAGCUCGGCUUUAACUUCCAGGAGCAAUGCACCCAGAGGGCUGCGAAGGACUUCGCCAAGUACUACUAUGUGGACGAGGUGGACGGGAAGCUGGCCUGUGUGACCCGCUGCACCCCGGGGACCAAGUCGCAACUCAACUGCAACCUGGGCCAGUGCCGGCUGCAGCGUAGCGGGCCCCGCUGUCUGUGCCCCAACACGGACACGCACUGGUACUGGGGAGAGACCUGCGAGCACAGCACCAACAAGAGCCUCGUGUACGGCCUUGUGGGCAGCGUGCUGGCCGUACUGCUGCUGCUGGUGGUCGUCUUGAUCAUCUUCCUCGGCCGAUCGCAGCGGAAACUGCACAGGCAAGAGUACGACGUGUCUCAAGAGUGGCAGAAGGAAGGCAUCCCCGGCACAUUCCAGAAUAUGGGCUUCUGGGAAGACAAGAAUCUGCAGGGGGACAAAUACGGCCGCGAGAACGUCUACAGCUACUUCCGGCCCUCCCUGGGGAGUGUAAGCCCCACCUCAGAGCUCCACAUUCAGAGGCCUGAGGUGGUGACAGGGGUCCCCUGAGAGGGACAGGGACACCCCACGCCCGGCUCUGGACCAGAAAGCAGCACACAGAGGCAGCCCCGCCACAGGCCCUGAUUGGCAGGGGCAAAGCGAGGCCAGGCGGGUUCUGGUGGGCGCACCUGCUGGGGGCUGCAAGCCCCAAGGCUUUGGUCCCCAGCUCCCAGGAGCCCCCAGGCCCGCAGACACUUCAGGAACCCUGUCUGUGCCAGGUGACUCCCCACUCUGGAAUUUCCCCAUCAAUAAAAGCAAUUUUUCAAAAGCAGAGUGUGAUACAAGUGGUUUCCUUCUGGGGGGGUGGUGCAAGGAGAGAACAGUCCUUCCCGCGAUGGGUGUCCAACCUUCCUGGGCCCAGACACGGCAUCCCCUGUCUGCUCCACCCAGGAAUUUGGGUGGGAGCCCCCAGGAGCCGAGGAGGGGCGACUGGGCUCCGCUG